ACUAAAUGCAGAAGUUCCUCUGGUUGCCACCGGACGCAACUGUCAGGUGACGCUUCCGGCGCAGAAAAAUGGCAGCCGCCGCUCCGGACUCACGUGUGAGUGAGGAAGAAAACCUGAAAAAGACCCCAAAGAAGAAGAUGAAAAUGGUAACUGGAGCCGUAGCGUCGGUGCUGGAAGACGAGGCCACAGACACUUCUGAUAGUGAAGGUUCUAUAGGAAGCUGUGGAUCGGAAAAGGACCACUUUUAUUCUGAUGAUGACGCAAUAGAAGCUGACAGUGAGGGUGAUGCUGAGCCCUGUGACAAAGAAAGUGAAAAUGAUGGAGAAUCAAGUGUUGGGACUAAUAUGGGCUGGGCAGAUGCCAUGGCUAAAGUCCUCAACAAGAAAACUCCUGAAAGUAAACCUACUAUUCUGGUCAAAAAUAAGAAGCUGGAAAAGGAAAAAGAAAAGUUAAAGCAAGAAAGACUAGAGAAAAUAAAACAGCGUGAUAAGAGGCUGGAGUGGGAAAUGAUGUGCAGAGUAAAGCCAGAUGUUGUCCAAGACAAAGAGACAGAGAGAAAUCUUCAGAGAAUUGCAACAAGGGGUGUGGUGCAAUUAUUUAAUGCUGUUCAGAAACAUCAAAAGAAUGUUGAUGAAAAGGUUAAGGAAGCUGGAAGUUCUAUGAGAAAGCGUGCUAAGUUGAUAUCAACUGUUUCCAAGAAAGAUUUCAUCAGUGUUUUGAGAGGGAUGGAUGGAAGUACAAAUGAGACUACUUCAAGCAGGAAGAAACCAAAAGCCAAACAGACUGGAGUGAAAUCAGAAGAAGGCCCAGGUUGGGCGAUCCUACGUGAUGAUUUCAUGAUGGGAGCAUCUAUGAAAGACUGGGACAAGGAAGGUGAUGGGCCAGAUGACAGCAGACCAGAAUCUGCAAGUGACUCUGAUACAUAAAGCAUCAUAGGAAAUACAAUUGCAGUCGUUUUAUUUUUUCUAGAAAAAUAUGUCAUCCUCUGAUAGUUGGGGAAUUAUAAGGAUACCAUUUGUAAGAAAGCCAAAAGACUUUUGCCAGAUUUCAUAUUUCUCCUUUUCAUGUACACUUUAUAUAUACUUCAUUAAAAUUAUAUUUUAAACCCUUGUAUAAUUUUAAGCAUUGUUCCUCAGAACAUUUGUAAAAGGAUAUAUUUCUGCUUGACCAGCGAGAUAUGCAUUUUGCCAGGAUCAUAUUGGUCAUGUCUAUUGGUGUAUUAUUUCAGUAUCACCAAUGUUUUCAGAAAUACAGUACUAAUUCAUCAUUAAACUCUUUGAAGUUAAUAUUUCUCUGCCUUCUAACUUAUAGACUCAACUAUGUAUCUGUAGUUUUUGGGAAUGAUUGGUGUUUUUUGCUUUGUGUUGGGAAGUUAUUGAGAAAACCUAUAUAAUAAAAUUUAAAAUUAUA